GAUUGAUUUGACAUUAAAGUGAAAUAAUUUAUUAUCUAUGGUAAACAGACGCCGUAAAUUGGUUUCAGCCUUUAAUUCCUGCGAAAAUGAGUGAAAAGAGCUGUGAUUUUCAGUGGAAUUCGCCUGAACUGGAGGAACUCGCCAAUUCCGCUAAUAACUCGGUGAUUCCGGCAAAAUCCAAGCAAUUAUAUGAAGAUAGUUACAAACGUUUUGUGAAAUAUUGUGAAGAGCAACAAGCAGAUGACUUUUCUGAAAGUGUUUUGUUGGCCUAUUUUUUCAAGUUAUCGAAACAGUACAAAAGCUCCACUCUAUGGUCGAAUUUUUCGAUGAUCAAAGCCGAAUUAAAUAUUAGACACAACGUAAACAUAAACACUUACACCAAACUUACAGCAUUUUUGAAGCACAAUGGCAAGGGGUACACUGCGAAGAAAUCGAAAGUGCUCACUAAACAGCAGUUCGACGAAUUCCUAAAAAAUGCCCCGGAUAAUGUAUAUUUAGCUACAAAGAUUAUAUUGAUAUUUGGGGUAACCGGAGCGUGUAGAUGCGAUGAGUUGCUAAGCAUGACUGUAAACGAUAUCACCGAUUUGGAAAAGUUAAUAUUGGUGCAAAUUCCCCGUGGCAAACCGCGAUCAUUUCAUAUUAUUGGCGAUUCUUAUAUUAGGCUGUACCGUAAAUAUGCUGCUCUCCGCCCGAAAGACAUAACCACCGCAAGAUUCUUCAUUAAAUAUCAAAACAGUAAAUGUCACCGAGUGGUGAUGGGGAGACAUAAAAUUGCUCAGACAGCAAAGGAGGUUGCCUCGUUUUUGCAAUUACCCAACCCUUCGGAGUACACAGGUCACUGUCUUCGAAAAACAUCGGCAACAAUUUCAGUGGAGGAUUGUGGAGACACUCCCCUUUCAACCCAGCAACCAGCAGGUGAAAAAAAGUUACAUGAGUGGUCAGCUGCAUACAAUUUAGACAAAUCCUUUAAUUCAGAUGUAAAUUUUACACAACCAAUAGAGCAUAUUAAGGUGGAACCAGAAUUUGGUGAUAGUGAAGAUAUAGUUCCAGAAGAUUUAGAAAUAAAUGAAGAGGAUUCCAGCGAACAACUUGAUAUAGACUUUGCAGGGCAAUGCAUAGAUUAUGCACUUCCAUGCCAAUCAGAAUCCAAUAAACCAGCAUACAAUUUAGACAAACCAAGUGCCUAUGAUUCAGAUGGACAAUUUACACAACCAAUAGGGUCAAAAGAAUUUUGUGAUGAUGUGAAAAAAAUAGAUGAUUUAGAAAUGAAAGAAGAAGAUUCGGGCGAACAAAUUUACAUAGAGUUUGCAGAACAAUGUUUAGAUUACGCAAUAAAAUAUUUAAAACAAUGUACCAAAACCCAUGUGGUUAAUCAAGUUAUGUUUUUGGAGAAAUUAAAAAAAGACUUGCCAACAUAUGAGUGACUUUUACAUACAUACAAUGAGUAUAGAUAGGUACCAAUUAAGGGUCAAAGAAUAAAAGUGGUUUAAGGUUUUUUUGCUUAACAGGAAGCUGCAAUUAUACCCCUUUUAUUCUUGGACCCUCAAUUGUAAGUAUAUAAUAGUAAAUACUCUAAAGAAGUAUCGCUAGUAGCGCCACCACAAUCAGCUGUCAAACGCUUAUGAUACAAACGAGUGUUUUUGAGAAUAAAGCCGUAAAAUGUUAAAAAAUAUCGAAAAAAAACCGUGGCUCGAUUUGUUGUGUUGUUUGGUGUAUUUCGAUAGGAAAUCCUGGGUUGAGUUUUUACCGGUUUUUCAAUAAACCGUGUUAAUCCGAAUGAAGAAAUAGAUUGCAUACAGUCUCUGUAAAUAUAAAUUGUACCUAUUAGAUACAAUAAAUACACAUUUUAGUAGUGAUUAACGUGAAAAGUGUAAACAUUUCAAUUCAGUAAAAAUCGUCAAACAAAUAAGUCGUCUAAAUUUAAACAGAAUUUAGCAUUAUAAAAGCGUUGAUUAAGAAAGUCUCCACUCAACGCUAAAAUACCAUUAUAUUAUGUAUUAUAUAAUAUUAUGUUGCCAUGAAUUCGUAGGUAUAUUUUGUUGUUUAAAAUGCAGUUGUCGGCGUUUUUUAGAGAACUCAAACUUAAAAAUGGUUGAUUUUAAGGUUAUGUUUGUGCAAAAACUAUUUUUUACUAUUUCUAAAAAAUGUCCAAACUUAAAUAUAAAUUAUAUUAGGUAAAGUUAUCAUUAGUUAAUUCUGCACCAACAAAUGUACUUACCGAAUUGGAUCCUUUGGCAAAACAUGAAAAUGCAACUAUUCAGUUCUUGAAUUUUAUUUACAAUUAAAAACACAAUAAUUCAACAUGAUCCCUUUGAUAAAAUACACACACUAACGUAACUAUAUAAGCAUUUAAGCGUUGAGUUUCUUAAUCAAUGAUAUAAGGAAUAAUCAAUCGAAAUCGAGUACUAAAAAAGUUUUUUAAUUUUUUCCUUGCAACGUAAAACACAAAUAACGUGCGCGAUUUAGCUGUGCAAUUGAACAAAAUUUGUCGAGUAAGACUUCUGCCUUCCUCUCUUUUGUGAAAAAACUACCUAUUUAUUUAAAAAUGAUGUACAGUUCGUAUGCUUUAAAUGUAUUGUUGACAAUUCUUAAAUUUACGCAAUGCAUUCGAAGUUCACCAGAUGGCGCGCGCGUUGCGAAAACCCGAUACUUCUUUAGCGUAUACUAGGGAAGCAUCGAUACUUGUUUUUGUAUGUAUCGGCGAUACCGAUACGGAUGAACUGAUUAUUUUGUUUAAUUAUUAAUAAACUAACCACGGCAUAAUAGCAUAAUCUGAUUAUAGACUCUUUUGGUAACACAAAAAUGUAUUUAUCAAAAUCCCAGCUGAUCCUUUAUUAAAGUUUUGCAUAUUUUAAAAUUGUUUAUGCCAUUUCGAUAAAAUACUCUAGUACCAUUAUCAAAUGUUUUUAAAAAUUUGGCAGAUACAUGACUGAAAUAUG